CUUUCCCCUCCCCCCUGGAUUCCUACCUGUUGCCUCUCGCCGGCUCCGGGGGGUCUCUCUCGCGUCCCCGUCUCACCCCUUCUCGCUGCUUUUUUUUUUCUUCCCUUUCUUUAUCCUGUGGGCGGCGUUCUUGGGCGGGGAGAGAUCAAGAACCUGAGCUGUCCGCGGCCGGUGGUUCGCCUGUCCCGAGCUCGAUUAGUUAGUUACCCUCUGCCUCGGUUCUUGGUGCGUGGUCAAUCGGGGCUACAGAAUUCGAGUUUCUUGUGGGAGUUUCAGGGUCACUACGAGGUGAAAGCGUAUUGAGCGGAAGGCGAUCGGCGGUGAACUGAAUUCCUAGUUUGUUGCAGUCUCAAGCUUUGGUUUUCUGAAGUACUGGAAACGUCCUCGAUUGGCGAAAAGCUGAUGAAAAUUUUGUUUUCUGGCUAAAAAAAAAAAUACUUGACGUGCGGGGGGGUAAGACGGCCCAGGCUAAAGAAAAUUUGAUACUCAGAUAACCCCAAGGUCAUGGGUUGGUUAAAUAAAAUAUUCAAAGGUUCAGUAAAUAGAGUUUCAAGGGGGCAUUAUGAUGGAAACUGGCAUGAAGGUCAUCCAUCAGAUAACAUUGGAGGGGCAUAUGAUGAAAGUGAUAAUGAAGAUAUUGAUCGUGCUAUUGCAUUAUCUUUGUCAGAAGAACAAAAUAAGGGAAAAGCUGUUGAUAUUGAUUAUAGUUUGGAGGAAGAUGAACAACUUGCACGAGCUCUCCAGGAGAGCCUUAAUGCUGACUCUCCUCCACGUCAGAAUAUUCCUGUUGAGAAUGUUCCAACAGAGCGUGUUCCCUCAAGAGAGCCACCUCAGAUUCCAUUCCACUCAGCUGGAUACAGAACUUGUGCUGGAUGCAAAAACCCAAUUGGUCAUGGACGUUUUCUUAGUUGUAUGGAUUCAGUUUGGCAUCCUCAGUGCUUCAGGUGUUUUGCUUGCAACAAGCCCAUAUCUGAGUUUGAGUUUGCUAUGCAUGAAGAUCAGCCAUACCACAAAUCAUGUUACAAAGAAUUUUUUCAUCCAAAAUGCGAUGUCUGCAAGAACUUUAUUCCAACAAACAAGAAUGGGCUGAUCGAAUAUCGAGCACAUCCAUUCUGGAUGCAAAAGUACUGUCCUUCCCACGAAGAUGAUGGCACUCCUAGGUGUUGCAGUUGUGAAAGAAUGGAGCCGAUGGACGUCAAAUACAUCACGUUAGAUGAUGGGAGGAAACUCUGCUUGGAAUGUCUCAACUCUUCAAUAAUGGAUACACCAGAGUGCCAACACCUUUAUAUGGACAUUCAGGAAUUUUUUGAAGGUUUGAACAUGAAAGUAGAGCAACAAGUUCCAAUACUGUUGGUUGAGAGACAGGCUCUGAACGAAGCUUUGGAAGCUGAGAAAAAUGGGCAUCAUCUUCCUGAAACCAGGGGACUGUGUCUUUCUGAAGAGCAAAUUGUCAGAACGAUCUUAAGAAGACCAAUAAUCGGACCAGGAAACAGAAUUUUAGAUAUGAUCACAGCACCAUAUAAGCUGGAAAGACGGUGUGAAGUGACUGCGAUCCUGAUAUUAUAUGGAUUGCCAAGACUACAAACCGGCUCGAUUCUUGCCCAUGAAAUGAUGCAUGCGUAUCUACGUCUGAAAGGAUUUCGGUCUCUUAGCCCCCAGGUUGAAGAAGGCAUAUGUCAAGUUCUCUCCCACAUGUGGCUGGAGUCAGAGAUCAUCUUUGGUUCUAGUGCCAGCAUGUCAGCCACCUCCGUGGCGUCGUCGUCGUCGUCGUCUUCGACGCCUACCUCAUCAAAGAAGGGCGCAAAGACUGAGUUCGAGAAGAAGCUGGGAGCAUUCAUCAAGCAUCAGAUCGAAACGGAUUCGUCUGAGGCGUAUGGAGACGGUUUUCGAGCAGCCAAUCGGGCCGUCGAGAGCUACGGCCUGAGAAGCACCCUUAAUCAUAUUAAGAUCACAGGAUCUUUCCCAUAUUGAUCAUUCAUUCAUUCCUCAGUUGCUAGGAUGGAUGCAUAUUUUUUAGACUAUUUGGAGCUAAAUAUAGUACCCCAUGAUAUAGCAUUAAUCUGCGGUGAAUUGAGAAAACAAAGAGGAUUGAGUGGUACAGAAAUUGCACUGCUGCUUUUUUAUUGGUGCCUUUGAAAUAAUACAUGUAAGUUUUCCAGGUUUCAGAAAAAAUACAUGCAAGUCUUUCUAUAGAGAGGUUUUGUCGUUUUCUUUUUCUCACAGUGAACAUAUCCUUCAAAAAACAAGCCAUCAGUGGAUAUUUGUAAUACCUUUGUAUCUUAAGUUGUUCAAGUGUUUUCAUUUUAAUUUUUGAAGGAAUGAAA